AGGUUUUCAGCUCUAGCAAGGAAUUUUGAGGAGAGUUGUAAGAAAGAAAGAAACAUCGAUGGCAUCUUCAAUGAUUUCAUCGGCCACCGUUGCCGCCGUCAACCGUGCCACCCCGGCUCAAGCCAGCAUGGUUGCACCCUUCACCGGCCUCAAGUCCACCUCAGCUUUCCCGGUUACCCAGAAGACCAACGACAUUACCUCUCUCGCAAGCAAUGGUGGCAGAGUGCAAUGCAUGAAGGUGUGGCCUCCACUUGGAUUGAAGAAGUUUGAGACUCUUUCCUACCUUCCACCACUUAACUCCGAGCAGCUGGCCAAGGAAGUAGACUACCUUCUUCGCAAGGGUUUGAUUCCUUGCUUGGAGUUCGAGUUGGAGCACGGAUUUGUGUACCGUGAGCACCACAGAUCACCAGGAUACUAUGAUGGGCGGUACUGGACCAUGUGGAAGCUGCCGAUGUUUGGGUGCAACGACUCUUCCCAGGUGUUGAAGGAGCUUGAGGAGUGCAAGAAGGAAUAUCCCCAGGCCUUCAUCCGAAUCAUUGGAUUCGACAACAAGCGCCAAGUGCAGAUCAUCAGUUUCAUUGCCUACAAGCCUGCUAAAGGCUACUAAUGAUUUCAUCAUUUUCAAAACUGUUAAUUAUGAUUUGCUUUUAAUCUCUACAUCUGCCCGUUUGGGGGGUCGGUGCUCUGUUUAAAUUUGUAUCUUUUGCUUUCCAAGACCCUUUAGUUUUUUCUGUCUCUCAUUUGCGAGACAAUGUAUUUGCUUUCUUUUGGAUUUAUGUUUUUCGGAUUCCCUAUGGAAUUAAUGGAUGAGAUCGAUCUAAUGAAUAAAGGGUUAGUUUCUUGCCAA